CCAACUUCAAAAAACCAUAAACAUAGUAAAAGCACUGUAGAAAGAAACAGAGGUAAAAAGAGAGAGCCAUAACUAUCUGUUUUCAGUUUUCACUGAGACAGAGAGGGAGAGUAAGCGCAAAAGGCUGAAAAAGAGUGCAUUAAAUUUGUUGCUUACAUAUGCAGUUGAGCUGGUUUUGUAUUCUGUUGUUUGUUUGCUCCCACAUAAUUUCUUCCUUUUUCUUCUCCUUUUUUUGUCUGCUAUUAUUGCAACAAUUAAAUUAUAUACUACAACGACCACCCUUCACCACCACCUACUAUUCUCUCUCUCUCUCUCUCUCUCUCAGAUGCCAUUACUUUCUAACUCCUAACCCAGAGUUCUUUGGUGAGUUUACGAGAUAAUAAAAUCCGUGUUUUGUUAAAAAUCCAAUCAUUUUUAGGGGAAAAUGGGCAAUAAAUUCAUUUGUAUGACUAAAAAGGACAGCAAGAAUUGUGGGAUUGGAUCAAGAAGUAAGCGGGGUUCAAUGUCCAGGAGGCGGACUUUAAUGGAGGAAGAAUUGCUGCACAGACAAGCACUUGCUAUGGCAAUUCAGCAGCAUCAGCUCUCUCAAAGAUUUGAUAACGGUUCCAUGUCUCGGCGCAUUGGAUCCACCUCCUCUCGCCGCCGCACCACCAAUUUAUCUGACCCUUUCUCUAAUACUAACAAUAAACAGUUGCCAGAGUUUCUGGAGAAUAUCAAAACAAAGAAAUUUGUUUUGGUUCAUGGUGAAGGAUUUGGAGCUUGGUGUUGGUACAAAAAUAUUGCUCUACUCGAGGAAACAGGAUUACAACCAGUCGCGUUAGACCUCAUGGGAUCUGGCAUUGAUAUAACGGACACAAACAGUGUCACAACACUGGCUGAGUACUCAAAACCAUUGAUCGAUUUUCUAGAGAAAUUACCCGAGGAUGACAAGGUAAUACUGGUUGGUCAUAGUAGUGGAGGUGCUUGCAUUUCGUACGCCUUAGAGCAUCUCCCUCAUAAGAUCUCCAAAGCUGUUUACCUCUGUGCUACAAUGAUAUCUGAUGGGCAGAGACCAUUUGAUGUGUUUGCUGAAGAGCUUGGCUCUGCGGAACUUUUUUCACCUGAAUCAAAGUCUCUAGUUUACGGAAAUGGUAAAGACAAACCUCCGACAGGAUUCAUGUUUGAGAAGCAGCAUCUCAGUGGGCUAUAUUUCAAUCAAUCUCCUUCUAAGGAUGUUGCUUUAGCAAUGGUUUCUAUGAGACCCAUCCCUCUCGGUCCCAUGAUGGACAAACUGUCUUUAACAUCAGAAAAGUAUGGAACUGGGCGACGAUUCUACAUUCAGACACUGGAUGAUUAUGCACUCUCACCAGAUAUCCAAGAAAAGCUUGUGAGGGAGAACCCACCUGAAGGAGUCUUCAAGAUCAAAGGCAGCGACCAUUGCCCUUUCUUCUCAAAGCCUCAGUCAUUACAUAAAAUUUUGCUUGAAAUAGCACAAAUUCCUUAGGAACUACGACUUCUAUAAAUAUUUCAGCGGAUAGGGUGUACAAUACGUAAGGCCAAUCUGUACAAUACAUACGGAGAAUGAUCCAGUUUCAUUAUAUAAGUUUUGCAAGUUAAAUUCUUUUCAUUUUCUUGCAUAUCUUUGAUCAUGUUGGAUCAGACACAAGUUUGUGACUUUUUUCAGGUUUUCCUCAAGCAUUUCUAAAGCCUCUC